AUUUCUGGAAUCGCAGAAACACGACCGUGCCACCAUACUUGCUUUCUUAAUUUUUGUUUCUCUCUCUUUCUCGGAGAAACUGAGAAUGACUCAGCAUUUAAAUACACCUGGCCCUUCAUCUUCUUCUUCAUCUUCAUCUUCAUCUUUAGCUUAUUCGCUCUCUGAUUUCACAGUUAGAGAAUUCUUGUGCGAGAAACAAUGGCUAACAAUGCUAGUGGAGAGUCCUCGUCCUCGAUUGUCAGGUGCACUGUUUGUUUGGAUGAGGUGUCUGAUUUCUCUGAGAGAACCGCAGUGAAACUUCGCUGCUCUCAUGUGUUUCAUCUCGAUUGCAUUGGUUCUGCUUUCAAUGUAAAAGGUGCUAUGCAAUGCCCUAAUUGUCGUGAAGUUGAAUCUGGUGUGUGGCGGUGUUUUGGGGAUGAAGGUCCGGAACAAACCAUAGAUCAGGAGACUAAUGAUGAAGUUGCUGAUGAGUUUGAUAUGCCAGCAAAUGGAAUUCAGUGCCCUCUUGGAUGGGUAGUGGGAUUGCCAUCACCAUGGAAUCCAAAUGCAAUGGGACGUCAUGGUAAUGGUUUUCCAAAUAUUGAUUUGGUUGCUGAUCCAGUUAUUCUUGAUCAUCGGACUCAUGCUCAAACAUCUGUUGAUACUUCGAUUGGUUUUGCUAAUCAACACAGCAAUGAUCAAGUUUAUCAGAGCUUUCACUGGAUGCAGCCACUGAGCAAUUCACCAUCACCAGUGGUGCGUGCUUCCAUGUCACCCAACAGGAGGAGAUCAAAUCGAUUGCGGGGUCGGCUUCCAGCAGGGGAGACAGCAUCAUCACUAGAAGAGACCAGGAACUCCAACCCUGAACAUUUGGCUAAUUUGACUGAACAGGACCUCCAAGCACAAGCAGAUUUUACUGCUUAUGAGCUUCUUUUGGAAAGAAUUAAGAAUGAGCGCUUUUUCCCUGAUUGCAGAGAUCCAUCUUCAGAUGCAUGAUUAAGCUGCCUGCAGGACUGAUCAUGCCCACGGGCUGAGCAGUCUGUGAUGGAGGCAUAUGUCUAAGAAGUUGCACAGUGUGGAGUUCUAUAUGCCAAAAUUAUGAGUGCAGUAAAAUAUAUAUAUUUUUACUAUACGCACCAGACUUAAAUAACUUUUAACACCUUUUAGAUUUAAGAACCUCACUAUUAUGCUCAGGAGUCAGGACUUGUAGCUUAGUUGUGCCAUUGAAAGCUAUAGAUUGUUUAUUUGGUGUCAUUUAGCUAUUUAAUUUUAUGCACAGUUUCUGAGGUUAGUAUUAACUUAUUUGAUGCUGAAUUGCAUAAAUAUACAUGUGAAAGAAUUUGUCAAGGUUUU